GCAAACCCGUCUCUGCGUUCUCGAACCCCCAAAACACCCAUACACAGUGUCCCUUCAGUGAAACCCAGCCCGUGCAGUGUCACCGUGCUCUAUCCCACCAUGGAGUAAAAAGCCAAAGGAACAGAACAUUUUCCUCCUUGAAAGCAAACUCGCCACGUUGUGUGUGUGUGCGCGCUCGGCCUCCCCGCACGCCCCACGUGUACGUAACUAGCACUCAAGAUGGCCGCUGAAGUCUCGAGAAACGGCAAGAUCGGGGCGGGCGUCGUGCUCUUCCUCGUGCUCGCUGUGGUGGCUACGCUCGCUGUCGGCUCGGCUUUCGGGUGGUAUGAGGAGAAGCGAAAUCUGGACAUUCCACACCAGAAUGGAUAUAAGGAGCGGCUGGACGGCGCCAACCUCAAACCAACCCCGAUAGAGCCUUUCGAACUUCCAGAACAUUCUCGGCAUUCCUAUGAUGAAAGAGAAGGACAAUACGUGGACUUGGCGCGACUGCAUAAGGUGUUACCAGUACAAGGGAGAUUGUUCGAGCAUUACCAUCAGUACAGCGGCUGGUUUUACGAAGAGAAACGCAUGUAUUCACUUACUACUUCGUAUUUGAGUGCCACUGUAUCCGCUCUCGGGACUCUUUUUAUCGAAGGCACUGUCUCAGCUUCAGUGAUACCGUACUCUCGCUAG